GAGCAGACUUUGGAUGAUCUUGAAGAUGGCCUUGAACGCGAGAAACGAGCUCGUGCUGAUCUAGACAAGCAAAAACGAAAGGUAGAGGGAGAGUUGAAAAUCGCCCAAGAGAACAUCGAUGAAGCUGCCCGGCAACGUCAUGAUUUAGAAAACAAUCUAAAGAAAAAAGAAAGUGAAUUGCAUUCGGUGAGCAGCCGUCUCGAAGAUGAACAAGCUCUAGUUAGCAAGCUCCAACGGCAAAUCAAAGACGGACAGAGCCGUAUCUCUGAGCUAGAGGAAGAACUUGAAAGCGAACGACAAUCUCGUGCUAAAGCUGACAGAGCCAAGUCUGAUCUUCAGCGGGAACUUGAGGAGCUCGGUGAUCGUCUAGAUGAACAAGGUGGGGCUACCGCUGCACAAGUGGAGGUGAAUAAGAAGAGAGAGGCGGAAUUAGCUAAGCUUCGUCGCGAUUUGGAGGAAGCCAACAUGAACCAUGAAAACCAACUCGGUGGACUACGCAAGAAGCACACUGACGCUGUCGCCGAGUUAACAGACCAGCUCGAUCAGUUACAAAAACAAAAGACCAAGAUUGAAAAGGAAAAGAUCCAGGCCAACCGUGAAGCUGAAGAUUUAGCCGCUCAACUCGACUCUGAGACCUCAGCCAAACUAAACAACGAAAAACUUGCCAAGCAAUUCGAACUUCAAUUGACAGAAUUGCAAACUAAAUGUGACGAACAAGCUCGUCAACUCCAAGACCUUACCUCUUUGAAAGGACGAUUGCAAAGCGAGAAUGGUGAACUUAGUCGUCAGUUAGAAGAUGCGGAGUCUCAAAUGAACCAAUUCUCGCGCGUAAAAAGUCAGCUCACCAGCCAGCUUGAAGAAGCUCGCCGCACUGCUGAUGAGGAAGCUCGUGAACGCCAGACCCUAGCCGCCCAAGCUAAGAACUAUCAGCAUGAAGCCGAACAACUUCAAGAAAGUCUUGAAGAGGAGAUCGAAUCUAAAAACGAGGUGCUGAGACAGCUAAGCAAAGCCAAUGCGGAAAUCCAGCAGUGGAAAGCACGCUUUGAAGGUGAAGGUCUCAUUAAAGCCGAUGAACUUGAGGAUGCAAAAAGACGCCAGGCACAAAAGAUCAACGAGCUGCAGGAAGCUCUAGACGCAGCCAACUCCAAGAUCGCUUCUCUAGAAAAGACUAAGAGCAGAUUAGUGGGAGAUCUUGAUGACGCGCAGGUUGACGUAGAGCGAGCAAAUGCAUUUGCUAGUUCUUUGGAAAAGAAACAGAAAGGCUUCGACAAGGUCAUCGACGAGUGGAGAAAAAAGACCGACGACUUAUCUGCAGAACUUGACGGUGCCCAGAGGGAUGCCAGAAACACAUCGACCGAAUUGUUUAAGGCAAAGAACGCUCUGGAAGAACUACACGAAGUAGUUGAGGGCCUACGACGCGAGAACAAGAGCUUAAGCCAGGAAAUCAAAGAUCUCACUGACCAACUCGGUGAAGGAGGUCGAUCAGUACAUGAAAUGCAGAAAAUAAUCCGUCGUCUUGAGAUCGAGAAAGAGGAGCUGCAACAUGCUCUUGAUGAAGCAGAGGCUGCAUUAGAAGCAGAGGAGAGCAAGGUUCUCCGUGCUCAAGUAGAGGUGUCGCAGAUUCGGUCAGAGAUCGAGAAACGCAUUCAGGAAAAAGAGGAAGAAUUCGAAAACACCCGCAAAAACCACCAGCGGGCCAUGGAUUCCAUGCAAGCCUCACUUGAGACUGAAACCAAAGGAAAGACUGAAUUGCUCAGAGUAAAGAAGAAGCUUGAAGCGGAUAUAAAUGAACUUGAGAUAGCUCUCGAUCACGCUAACAAGGCGAACGCCGAUGCACAGAAAAAUUUGAAACGCUACCAAGAACAGAUUCGUGAGCUGCAACUGCAGGUUGAGGAAGAGCAACGCCAGCGAGAUGAGAUCCGCGAGCAGUUCUUCAAUGCCGAAAAAAGAGCUACACUUCUGCAGUCGGAAAAAGAGGAACUGUUGGUGGCCAAUGAAGCAGCAGAACGAGCACGAAAGCAAGCUGAGUACGAAGCGAACGAUGCGCGUGAUCAGGCAAAUGAAUCCUCUGGACAGGCUGCAUCGCUAGGUGCCAUUAAGAGGAAACUUGAGGGCGAAAUCCAAGCCAUUCACGCUGACCUGGAUGAAACUCUUAACGAGUUCAAGGCUUCUGAAGAGCGCAGCAAGAAGGCGAUGGCAGAUGCUGGUCGUCUAGCCGAGGAGCUUCGCCAAGAACAAGAACACUCACAGCAGAUUGACCGCAUGCGUAAAGGUCUAGAGCAACAGCUCAAGGAAAUGCAAGUUCGUCUCGAUGAAGCUGAAGCUGCUGCAUUGAAAGGAGGGAAGAAGGUUAUCGCUAAACUGGAACAACGUGUGCGUGAGGUAGAGUCAGAGCUUGACGCUGAACAGCGCCGAUACCAAGAGGCCAACAAAAAUCUCGGCAAAGCCGAUCGCCGAGUUCGUGAACUUCAGUUUCAGGUUGAUGAAGACAAGAAAAACUUCGAACGCCUGCAGGACUUGAUCGAUAAGUUGCAGAACAAGUUAAAGACACAGAAACGCCAGAUCGAAGAAGCGGAGGAGGUGGCAAAUCUAAACCUGCAAAAGUAUCGCCAAAUCCAACAUCAACUCGAGGAUGCCGAAGAGCGUGCUGAUGUGGCCGAGAACUCGCUGUCGAAGAUGAGAGCCAAGUCGCGGUCCAGCGCCUCCGUCGCACCCGGUGGUCUCCAGACAUCACAGUCGGCAACUGUGAUGCGAUCGCCGUCUCGUUCAAGAGCCAACGACUUCUAG